AUGAUUUGGGUCAGGCUAUUCGUGGUCGGGUUUCUUUGGACUAGAGCCCAAGCUCAACUUUCCGCUGUCGAUGUUGAAGCGACGGAUCCCAAGGAAGAUGAAGCUGGUGGUAUGUGAUGUUAAUAAUUAGCAAAACUAACUUUAUUUCUAUUUCCGUUUGAUCAAUAAUUUUACAAAAAUCAUCACGUGCACUAGUCGCGCCACAAAGUCCCGACACAUUUAUCGCGGAUGCAUGAAAAUUGGAGCGAACUCGCGCUAAAGUGCAUGUCGCUAGUGCAAAAACGGGGAAUUGCCGCCACGGGUCCGAAAAAAAAGAAAAACGCACUGUGCAAAAGUGUUGGGACUUUACGUCGUGAUUAGUAUUCACUUAAUUCAAAAUCGUUUAAGCAAUUGCCAACAAAACGUACGCCGAAGAGCACACUUCCCUCCAACGGGACAUCUUCAUGAAUUACAAUCGGAAUCUUCGGCCAAUCAAGAAUCAAUCCAUGCCUCUAAAGGCCCAAGCUCAUGUUUACAUAAUGCAUUUCUCGGUUCAGGAACAGCAACAGAGCAUGAAAUUAUAUGGUCACAUUUACAUGGUAUGGUACAAUCCAGAUCAUAAAUAAUUUUAGACAUGGUUUGAUGAGAUGGCUGUGUGGGAGCCAUCAAAUUACACUAAUGUGAGGUCAACAAUGGUCAGCCAGUGGCAGUUGUGGCAACCCGAAAUUAAAGUGGCCAACAGGUAGUUAUAUUGUUUGGGUUCUUCUAAAAACAUUAAUUUUAUGACGUGUUGUUGAUUUUUUUCUUAAUUUGUGAUAACUUUAGUAUUGCUGGAUCUGGUCAAUAUUUCGAAAUUUCGAAACGAUCUCACGCCGCCCUCACUUCCAUUACUUCCACUAUGACAAAAGUCGAGAUAUAUCCUACCUUUUCGAUCUCCAUUGGAUGCAAUUUCGAUUUCAGGUGAGUUCAACAUGCAGUAUCUUACUAUAUUUUAAUAGUGAUUACCCGUUCGACGAACAAGAAUGCGCCCUGAGGUUCUAUAAUUCAAAUCCAAUGAGUGAAGUCGAGUUACUGGUCUAUUAUGAGCUGAAACCGAGUGUGAUGUUGGCCUGGAAUGAUACAAAUAAAAAGUUUAUCAGCAAUUGGAUGCUGGAAAAUGCAACUGCCAAUAUCUCCUAUUAUUAUAAUCGGGAAUAUAAUGACACGAGGCCGGAGACGGCGGCAGAGAAGGAAUUAACUUGGUAAAUUAUAAGUUUUAGAUUUAUCUAUUACAUGGCUGAGACCAAUAUUUAUUUUCAGGUCAAUAUUGGUGACCAAAAUCAAGUUGAUCAGGAAUUGUCAGCAUUAUUGGGUGACCUUGGCCAUCCCGGCCUUCUGUUCCAUGAUGGUUAAUGCGUUUUCUUUCCUUUUCUACAAGUCCGAACUCUCUAUUCUCACUGUGAUUGCCAACUUUUUUAUCCAGCUGAUCUUUAUGUUCAACGAGCUCGUCGAAUUGCCUCCAUCGGCCGGGGAACCUCCAAGAAUCGGUAAGUAAACAAUAUUUGUAAAAUCAUCCUUUUCUUGCAGUCAGAUACAGCAGUUAUUUGUUGUUUAUGACAACUCUGGCGUUGAUUUUACACUUGUUGAUACGGAGGUUGAGAUAUAAAAAAAUCCCUGUUCCCGCUGAAUAUGUGAAAAGAUUCAAGGGGACCCUCGCGAGGAUCAAACGGCUUGAACAAAGUCAGUUUCUGCCCACGUGUGUAAUUUCAAAAUUUAUUUUUAGAAGAAAACGAGCCUUCAGAAGUGCUGGAAGGAUCCUCGGAAUCCCUGGAUUCGGAUUCUUUUUUGUAUGCUGAUCUCACACGGAAUCUCUGCAUUAUUUUAUAUUUUGUUAUCGGGAUUUUCUUGUCCUUCUUCUUGCUAGUUUUGUAA